AUGUGCUGUGGCUGGAGUCCGUUCUACGCCGAGGACACUCAGCAGAUGUACAAGAACAUCGCAUUCGGCAAAGUCCGAUUCCCCCGUGAUGCGCUUAGCACCGAGGGAAGAAAUUUCGUCAAGGGUCUGCUGAACCGGAAUCCCAAGCAUCGGCUGGGCGCCAAUGGCGACGCCAAGGAGCUCAUGGCACACCCAUUCUUCCACGACAUCAACUGGGACACACUGUGCCGCAAGCAAGUCAUUCCUCCGUUCAAGCCGCAGCUGCAGUCUGAAACCGACACGUCGAAUUUCGAUCCCGAAUUCACAAACGCUAUGGAGCUGAAUAACUCGCUCAAUCUCCGCGCCGCAAACAUCGCCAACGGCCUAAUGCCAGCCUCCACACCCUUAUCUCCCGGGAUGCAAGCCAAUUUCAAGGGCUUCACCUUCGUGAAUGAGAGCUCUAUUGACCAUCACCUUAUGGAUGACAGCGAUCAUAUGGAAGACGACGCCAUGCACGACGAUCACUGGCAACGAGGCCACCGGUCAGGCAACUCGGUCGACCAGCGCAUGACAGGCGUCCAGAAGACGCGCGACGGCACGGAACCCGGGAUUUUCAACGUUGACGAUACCUUUGACAUGUGA